CUUGUUCUGCCGUCAGCUGUGCCAGUCGUAAAAAAGGGGUGUGCUGAAGGGACGUGAAGUCCACAUUCACUGAAAUACACACACUUCACAAAAAGAUACUCCACGGACUAACCGGUGAAUCCCGGAAAGCCACGGCAAACAUUCUGAACAUGUGAAGAUGAAGGGACCAGCACGCACUGCAGCGGCCUUCUCUACUCUGCUCUCAGCACUACUCCUCUUCACGGGAAUCAGUUCGGCCCCCACGAUGUCCCCGCUGCCCGCGAAUGGGAAUAUUUCUGAGGACCUUCCUGUUCUGAGAAUGUUAAGACCGUGUAACAACAAGGACGCCAGCUACUGUUUAACUGGGCAAUGUGUGUACCGUCCUGGUCACAAUACCCCAUCUUGCAAGUGCGAUGACUCUCACAGUGGACCUCGCUGUGGCCUGCUGAACCAAAAGACGACGCUGAGCCCACCGAUCACAACCGAGGAGCUGACUGGCAUCUGUGUGGGCAUGACCUUGCUUCUGUCCUGCCUCACUAGUGUUCUCUUCUGUUACUUCAGGAGUAGGUGUAAAAAACAGACUGUUGAUGAGAAGAAGAAAGAGAAGAAGGAGAAUAAUAAUGAUAAUUAUUGUAAUGAUAAACCAGAUUACAAUGAUGAUGGCAACGAUGAUGAAUACAAUGAUGAUAACAGUGAUAACAUUGAAAAUGAAAACAAUGAUAACAUUGUCUAUGAUAACAAUGAUAACAAUGAUGAUAACAAUGAUAACAUUGAUUAUGAUAACAACGAUGAUGAUAACAAUGAUAACAUUGAUUAUGGUAACAAAGAUGAUGAUAACAAUGAUAGCAUUGUCUAUGAUAACAAUGAUAAGAAUGAUGAUAAGAAUGAUAACAUUGAUUAUGAUAACACCGAUGAUGAUAACAAUGAUAACAUUGAUUAUGGUAACUAUGAUAACAAUUAUUAUGAUAACAAUGAUAAUAAUGACGAUACUAAUGAUUACAAUUAUGUUAAUAAUGAUGAUGAUGAUGAUGAUAAUGAUAAAUACAAUCAUGAGAAUGAAAAUAUCAGUGAUGAUGACGCUAAUGAUGAUGAUGGUGGUGAUGAUAUUAUGUUGACUAUGGUCAGUCAGAGAACUCGCUUUGUUUCUUCAUCUUCAUCAUCAUCACUGUCAUCAUCCUAAACCCAUCAACAUCAUCAUCAUUUCCAACCUUGUCUUGUUUUACAGUCCCAAGCGUUCUGUGAUAAUAAAUGAAACACAAUGUCUUCCGCUAUCAAAUUGAGGCUAGGUAUUCAAACAUCUCAAGUACUGUAAUCCUUUGAUUAAUGUAUUCUAAACACAGUACUGAAACUGCUCUUGUUAACGUUACAAAUGACUUGUUGUUGAAUUCUGACUCUGGAGAAUGUUGUUUUGUCUUGUUGUUACCGGAUCUUAGUUCUUAGUGACAUUUUAAUUGGGUUGGGAUCACAGGGAUUACACUAGAUUGGUUCAAGCUGUAUCUGUCAAAUAGAGCAUUUGUAGUGUCAAUUAAAAAAUAUUGCCGUGUUUCCACUGGUGCCAUACCCUGGUACCAGGG